UUAACCCUUUCUCCGCCCGAACCGAGUGAGGGCCGAGGGCCCAGGCUUCUGGGGUCGCGUGAACAAGAAGUCUGGAAACUGGGACUCCCAGGUCCUAGAGGGGAGUAGGCUGAGGCUCGGACUCCUGGGUCCUGGGGUAGAGGUUGCGAGUCUCCCAGACUCCUGUGGGGUGGGGCUUGGACUCCUGGGUCUGAAGAAGGGGGCAAGGUCCGAACUUUUGGAUCCCUGAAGAGCCAGGGGGCUGUUGACUUCGUGGUUCCUUAGGGAGAGGGGCUGGGGACUCGGAUAUCUGGUUUCCCGAGGAAAAGUAUCAGGGCAGCUUCUAGGGCAGAGAGAUUUGGGAACCUGGAUGUGCGUCUCUGUGAAGGGAAGCCCGGCAUCCCCCCGAAUUCCUCAGGACUGGGAGAUCUGGGUGUGGGGUGCGGUGGGAUUUUUCACGGAAGUGGCGGUCAGAGAGAGGGGGGCUGAAGAGGGCGUCCUCCACCCCCUUCCUUAGUUUCCACGACGCUGGUGGAAAGUUGGGUCAUAGGGGAAAGUGCGGAGCAAAAGGAAGGAAACGGCGGAGGCGGCUGCGGCGCCGCACCCGAAAUCUUAGGUUGGCUUUGGAGUUCUCGGCGACAGCAGUGUGCCAGUUUUUUCCGCGCGGGAGGGCGAGGAGGAUGCUCAGAUCCACUCCCCCGCGCCCUUGGGUGACUUAAAGACCCCUGAUAACUUCCCUCCUUCUUCACCCCGCAGUGAGCCGGAAUGAGCGCAGCCAUUGCCCGUCACAGACGGUGAAGAAGCUGCUAGAAGAACAGAGGCGCCGCCAGCAGCAGCCAGACGCCGGUGGGCUACCGGGACAGUUCCCACCUCCUCUGGCCCAGCCCCUGACUUCAUCUGUGAAUGAGGGUGAAGCUGGACCCCCUGGACACUCGGCUCUAUGCAGACCCUUCCCUGCCACAGGCAGGAUCCUGGAGGGCUUCUGGGCUCCCCUCAGGACCUCCACAGUUGCCUCCUGUGGUCACUGGACCAUCCCUGGACACUGCCCGUGCUCACAUGCUGGCUCUGGGACCCCAAAAGCUGCUGGCGCAGGAUGAGGAAGGAGACACGCUCUUGCACCUGUUUGCGGCACGGGGGUUACGCUGGGCAGCAUAUGCUGCAGCUGAGAUGCUCCAAGCGUACAGACAUCUGGACAUUCGUGAGCAUAAGGGCAAGACCCCUCUUCUGGUGGCUGCUGCUGCCAACCAGCCCCUGAUUGUGGAGGAUCUACUGAACCUGGGAGCGGAACCCAACGCCACUGACCAUCAAGGACGUUCUGUCUUACACGUGGCCGCUACAUAUGGGCUCCCAAGAGUCCUCUCGGCUGUAAUUAACUCAGGGGUUCGAGUUGACAUAGAAGCCAGAGACUUUGAGGGCCUCACCCCACUCCACACAGCCAUCCUGGCCCUCAACGUGGCUAUGCACCCUCCUGACCUAUAUCCCCCAGUACUGAGUACCCAGGCCCAGGACAGGCUGGCUUGCGUCAAGAUGUUGCUGCACAUGGGUGCCGAUCACACCAGCCAGGAGAUCAAGAGCAACAAGACUGUUUUGCACUUGGCUGUGCAGGCCGCCAACCCGACCCUGGUUCAGCUGCUCCUGGCACUGCCCCGGGGAGACCUGCGGGCCUUUGUCAACAUGAAGGCCCAUGGGAACACCGCCCUCCACAUGGCGGCCGCCCUGCCCCCUGGGCCGGCCCAGGAGGCCAUUGUGCGGCGCCUGCUGGCAGCUGGAGCGGAUCCAACACUGCGCAACCUGGAGAACGAGCAGCCUGUCCACCUGCUACGGCCUGGGCCGGGCCCUGAGGGGCUCCGGCAGCUUUUGAAGAGGAGCCGAGUGGCACCCCCAGGCCUGUCCUCUUAGGACGCAAACCCAGAACCUGGACUGAUUUUCCAGUCCCCACCGUCCUGUGGGACAACCAGCGUAUGCUAAUGUUGCAAAUUCGUGAUAAUGUAUGUGGACAAUGUCCAGCCUUUGGGGUCUUACAUUAAAACCCCAAAAUGGCUGCUAGGGGGUAAACAGUCCCCAAUAUUUGGGGCAGUAUGAUACCCCUCCCCCACCCACAAGGAGCCCCCUUGAUGAUUUCUGUGAAAUCGAGGCCCCUUGAUUGUUUCUGUGAAACACCCUAGACCCCCCCAACCCUUUCCCCCGCAGGAUCUUUCAGGGUCCCCUCCGCUAACUCAGCUCUUUACAUCUGGAACCCCAGAUAUAACUCCCUUACAUGGUACUUGGAGUAUCCCCCAAAACAGCUUCUGGUACCAUCCCAGUAGAGCUCCAAGAUGACCCACUGACCUCCCUGGGACCCAACCCCUUCAGGUCCCUAACCCUGAGACAUAGGAAGGACUCUCCUAAGUUAGAGUCCCCUAGGCCUUUUUAAGUCGACUCAACCAGGCCCCUGUCCCAGACCUCGAUAUUUCCAGUGAAUCCCCUCCCCUCUCUGAAACUCCUGAUUAAACUCAACCUGGACUGGAA